AGUUGAUCAGUCUGCUUAGAAAACUUCUCCAGAGGGGAGAGUGUUGUUUAGAAUCGGAAAGUCCAGAAUUUCAGUGCAACCGAAUUGCGCACAGACUUGACACUUGGAGACAUUUGGCAAACGGACUAAUCUAAAACAUUAACUACCCUUAAAAUUAAACGGAUUUUUAAUUCUAUUUUUUUUUAAGAAUAUUUGUAUUUAUUCUCUUUUUUAAAAAAUUUAGACCUGUGCUUUAUUUUUGCAUCAAGACUUAUCGAAGUUCCCAUCGUUUGCAUUAAAAUCCGAAGACCUGAGGCUGUUUUUCAUUAGAGAUCAAUAGUUUGAAAACGAGAAAGAGAAAUAUGCUGGGUUUUAUGAUGGUUACAUUAUUUGCGGCUCUGACCCUCAGCGUUGGCUCUUAUGUGCCGUGCGAGCCGUGCGAUCAGAAGGCGCAGUCCAUGUGUCCUCCGGUCCCGUUGGGCUGUCCGCCUGUGAAGGAGCCCGGCUGCGGCUGCUGCUUUACUUGCGCUCUGGCUGAGGGUCAGGCGUGCGGUGUCUACACCGGUACAUGCGCGCUUGGGCUGCGCUGCCUGCCGCGGAACGGCGAAGAGAAGCCGCUGCACGCCCUGCUGCACGGCAAGGGAGUGUGUACGAACGAGAAAGGAUACAAACCACCGCAUCAGCCUAUUGAUCGUGAGUCUAUAGAGAAUGAUGAGACAGUGAAUGCAGACACGACCGAAGACCAGCCUCCUAAAAUUCCUCUUUACCCCAAACCAGACGUGAUCAACAGCCGGAAGCAUGCUGCCGUGCGCAAAGACAAGAAGAAACAGCAGGAGAAGCUGCGGUUACUGGGGUCGAUGGACUACUCCCCCAUUCCCAUCGACAAGCACGAGCCGGAAUUCGGUCCUUGCAGAAGGAGGCUGGAUGGAAUCAUUCAAAGUAUGAAAGACACCUCUCGCAUCAUGGCUCUGUCCCUGUACCUUCCUAACUGUGACAGGAAGGGCUUCUAUAAGCGCAAACAGUGCAAGCCCUCCCGUGGCCGGAAACGAGGCAUCUGCUGGUGUGUGGACAAAUACGGCGUGCAGCUGCCCGGCACCGACUACAGUGGCGGUAACAUACAGUGCAAGGAUUUGGAAAACACCAACAACAACGAGUGAGAAUCGACCCACCCUGAUCACCAGACCUAGGGCCCACCUCCCUUUCCUGUCCCACCAGUCCACCCGCCAGUCACUUUGAGAUUUUGUUGCGAAGCAAAAACUAUUAAAUAUACAAACAAUCAGACAAAAAAAAAAAUCGUACAGAAAUCGUUUUGACUGAGCGAUCAUCUCUAACUCACUGGACUCAGCCAAUGAGAGGAGCCCACUGCUAGUGCUGAGUCCCAGAAAAAUUGUUAAAAAAAAAUUAAAAAUAUAUACAUACAAUUAUAUAUUUUUAUAGAAGCUGGGGUUUGAGCACCAUACUGUUUUGUUUAAUGUUAACAUAAAACAAAAAACUAAAAAAAAAAAAGAAUAUAUGGCAUGUUGAAUAUUAACAGGGCUAUCUUGGUCUUUUACAACUUUUUGCUGUCAAGGUAUCAAAGGAGAUAGCAACUUCUAUUAUUGAAAAAAAAACACUAUUUUUUUUCGUUUGUUUUUAAAACGAAAAAAAAAAAUAAAAGUCACAUGGUAGAGAUCCGCUGAUACAGUUAUCUCUAUCUUUUUAUUUUUGGUCCCAUCAAAGCACUUAUUCAUUAAGGAACCUGCUUGGAAAUGUGUAACUUCACCAAGUUCAUUGUAUGCGUGUGUGAGCAUGUGCGUAUGAGUGUGUGUUUGAGCAUGAACGUGUGAAAUGCAGCGAAAGCUUCCAAAAAGUUUUUUCAUGGCAUUUCCCUUCCAGAACAUAGUAAAAACCAGGAUACCAUUAGACAAAUCUAUUUCAGUGGCUCCAUGACUGUGUAGCUUACCUAACAUGCCGACCGUGCCUAUGUAAACAGACGCUGCCAUGCAGAGUUACACGGGUGAGCCGACCGGUUUCAACCGAGGUUCCGUCACAGGUUGCUUUUGAUGUAGGAGAUGAGUGGAAAUCUCUUCAAACAGAAUCAAUUGGUGCCCAUGUCUAGCUAGAAGAAAAGGCCACUAUGGCAUUUUCAGUAUCAGAUAUUGUGGCAUCUGGUGCAAGUUAAAAUUGAGACAGAUGCUAAAACCCUUAAACGCUCCCAGCAUUUGCGUUUGAACUUUGACAAACGUUCAACUUGCAGAGUGGUAUUUUUUAUUUUUUUGUCUGAAAUGUUACUUUUAUGUUUGCUGUUUUCAUUGACUUCAUUGAGAUAAUGACAGUCCAUUCAUGAGCCAUGUUCCUUGACCAUGUGAUUUCACUGAAAUAGGUGUAACCUUGGUAUGUUACCUUUAACAUUUCUAGAUUAUUGAAUGUGGGUUUUUUUUCUCUCUCUCAUAUUUUAUGUUUCUUGACAUCCUUAACAAACAACCACAAAGAUCUGGUGCUUAGGAGAGGACUUGUGUAUUUUAGCAUAAUAUCAAUUUGCAUUGUUCCACAACUUGCUCGUUUGAAUGCAGGUCUGACCACUUUCGAAGCUCCGCCCUCUUUUGACUGUUCACCAAUCAGAAAUCGUUCUUUUGGUUAUCCAGUCCAGCACAAUGACUGGAUGUUUCAUUUGUUCUGUUUGUGUAUUUCUGUACUUCAUUCUGUCAAUGUUGUGAGGCAUGGAAGAAUCAAGCUACAUUUACUACAGUGUCGAUUAGUGCGAGUUUCUGUGUGCGAGUCUCAGUGCCUUUCUACAUGCAAAUACAUUUGAAUGGUGACGUGAAUGUUACACAAUAGCCAAGGGGACUAAAACAGGCAAACCAUUUUAUAUUGACGAAGGACCUCAAUUGUGUUCAAAUAGUAGAUAUCAGAUAUGGAAAUCCAUUACACCACUUUGUAUGUCAAGCAGCUAUUAAAAAGCUCUCCCUAAGAUAGGGGAGGACUUAUGGCUUGAAUAGCUCCAGCUAGUGCUAGAUCAUUUACUGUUAUUUCUCUUUAUGAAUAAGCUGAAGAUUGAUUUGACAGAGACUGCAAAAGUGUGUAAUCGUGACGAGAGUAUUUUCAAUCACUUUUAUUGCAAUCAAGCUAUAGAUCUGACAUGGAUACUUAAAAAGGACUCACCGGUCCGCUCUUGUGUCACAAUGGGUCAAUUCGGAUCUGAUUUCAGGGCCAGAAUGAUCAUAGCAGGGAGGGGGCCGUCAAAUACAGGGUUCGUACAGAGUCUUGAAAGUUUGGAAAAUGCUUGAUUUUUCUUUAGUUUGACUGUUAUAAAAUAACCUAAAUUAUUUUAAUUCGAAAUAGAUAUUAUACAGUUGUUAUGUUUGUGGUGUCUUGUGAGCGCACAUGCGCCGCUCCACGUCCGCAUCUCGUGAGCGCAAGCACGCAAAAGUAGCCAACUGCACGUCUACUGUGGUAGAUUGGCGACCAAGAAAUUAUACCUGCAUCUGCUGCUUCCAUCAACAUGCAGGGUGUCAUUUCAAUGACAGCUGGCUGGAAGGAGACAUAAAAUAUGGAUAUGCUGAGCUGAGAUCAACAACAAUGAAUUAAUUAAUGCAUGCAAUAAAAAAAAGUGUAGGGUUGUACGGCUAAUCAAAAAAAUAGCGAAAUCACGAUAUGACCCACUAUGAAUUUUUAACCCCCCCAAAAUGCUGCAAUUUUAGGUAAACAUUGUUGAUCUGUUGGUAUAUUUACCUAUUUUAAUAUGAUUAACACAGAUUUAUAUUUAUGAUGAAUAUUAUUCUUCCAUGAAUUCAUGUAGUGGAAAACAUGCCGAAACUAGGAUUGCAGUGUUACAUGUUCUAAGGCCUUGUUGAAUGUGUGCCCCAGGCUGGCUGGCCAAUUAUACCUUAUAUGUUUUAGCUGAUACAACAGAUGAAAUCCCUCAUAAUAUUCAAUAUAUUCUUCAAAUCAGUCUGAUAAUUGCAGUCACAUCUUAUACUUGUGUUGGGGAAAACAAUCUCAUCACACUGAAUUUAUUUCUGCUGCAGAUGUGUAUGUUUAGAGUUGAGAUUCCACAUGCAUCUCAUAUCUUGUCACUUGAAUUUUCAAAGCACUCUUCUUUUAGCCUUUAUUGAAAUGGCUGGUGAAAUAAUUUUUGCUUAUAUUUGAAAAAAAAAAAAAAAUACAAAUAGUCAAUUUCAGAAACACUUUACAAUAAGAUUCCUUUUGUUAACAUUAGUUAACAAUAUAAAUGUACAUGAACUAACAAUGAACAUUAACUAAGAUUAAUAUGUUCUUUAAAAACUAUAUUGUUCAUUGUUAUUUCAUGAAUCCUAAUGCAUUAAAUAAUGUUAACGAAUUGAACUUUAAUAUAAAGUGUUAUCAAUAUUUCUUUUCAUUGUUCACAUAGAAAUGAAUAAGUACAUUAACCGGGAUUUGUUUUCCCCCACGAUAAACCACACUAUAGAUAACCGGUGUUUCCAACCGUAUCUAUGUGUUAAUCCAAGACUUUGGUUGUAAUCAUAUUAAAGGGAUAGUUCACCCAAAAAUGAAAAUUCCUUCAUUGUUUACUCACCCCUUGUGUAAACCUGUAUGUCUUUCUUCUUUUACACAAAGGGAGAAAUUGUGAAAAAAAAAUGUUGUGCUCAGUGAUAUCAUACAAUGGCAGUUUAUGGUGACUACCUCUUCAAGCUUCAAAAGGACUAGAGUAUAAUUCAGAAGUCUGUUUGAUUUCCGAGUACUCCAUUCCAAAAAAUAAGGCUGGGCAUAAAAAUGCAUCAUUUCUUCUAAUACAAAAUCUUUAGACAUAUUUGUGAGUUAUUUUCUCUGUUUUGUGUGCAGCCGUGUUGUGUUCUGUUGUCGCUAUAGCUGUGGAGGACCUGUUUUUAGAUAAAAAAAGUUUUCACUUGAACGCCCCAAUGUUGAGAGGGGGCUGCAUGAACUGCUCUCUUGCCCUAUCAUGAACACGCACAGGAGAUCAAUGGUCAGUGAACAUUUUCAGUAAAUAAUACAUUAUAUUUAGGUAUGUUUCUCACCACACCUUAUUGUAUGUUUUCAUAACAAUCAUGAGUCUCAUGGAAUAUUUAAUUGACUUCUGAAUUAUACUUUUGCAAGCUUGAAGAGGUAGGCACCAUACACUGCCAUUCUAUGACAUCAAUUGUUUUUCACAAUUUCUCCUUUUGUAAGUCAUAUAGGGUUAUAAACAACACAGGGGUGAGUGAAAAAUUACAGAAUUUUAAUUUUUUGGAAUAAAAUUCUUUAAAGAUUCCUGUCUUCGCAGUGGAUGUAUAGGAAUUCUUGAAACUAAAAUUUGUAUCGAUUAACAAUGUUUGAAAUCACAGAUGAGGUUUUCUUUAUCAUUACAUUUUUGUCAAGUAACAUUUUUAGAGUUGUAUAAUAUUUAAAGCUUUGAGGUGCUUGAAAAAGAUGUUUUGGGUAGCUUGAAAGUGCUGGAAAAGUGCUUGAUUUUCAAUCUUAAAAACCUGUACGAACCCUGAAAAUAUUCGAUUUUUAGAAGCUUGAGAGCCGUAGUCCCACAGACCAGAGCUUUAUCGUGUAAAUGCCCACAACCAGGCCCAGACGGAAUCUGUGAAUUUUUUUUUUUUUUACAUUUUCUUUGUUUGCUAAUUUUGGAUGAAUAUCUGCGGAAUGUAACAUGUUAAACGGAGGUGGGAGUACUGCACUUUUAUUGGUUGCUUGAAAGCAAAAUCCAAUUGGCCAGCAAGAAUUGCGCAGAGUUUGUGAAUGUCUGGCAUUCCAAUUCUGCGGAAAUCUGCGGAGGACAAAUUCCAUCUGGGCCUGUCUGUAACUGUUUUCUCGCAGCGGGUCCGCAGAACGUAACCAUAGCAUGUAAAAAAAAAAAAAAAAGAAUUGUGAAUGAUGAUUGGCUCUCUGACGGAAGAUGGCGAGAGAAAGAUGUGAGGACCUGCGGGUUAACCAGAAUUUUGCAGGUGUGUAGAGUACGUCGAGGAGGCAUAGUUGCCUCUGUUAUUGCACAAUUAGCUUUGUAGGUGUCGCUCACCACAGGGCAAAAUCAGUACAUUGCGAAAAUAAUUUUCUUAAACUUUUUUUUUUGUUGUCUCUUUUUCCUAAAUAACAAAUGUAAUCUAAACAUCCUUAAAGCAAGAUGCAUUUACUUGAGAAGCAAAACCUUUUUUUCUCCAUUGUUUUACAGAUAAAUCUAACAAAAUAUCGAUUUAGGUUUAUAAAUGCAAUUUUGCUUAUGUAGUAACUUCAUCUUGUUUUGAGGACAUUUACAUGUUUUUACUGUGAGACAAGACUAAAAAACUAAGGAAAUAAUUUUUUGCAUUGUCAUGAGGAUUAUCCAGGUCCUGAUCCAUGCUGAAUGCCCCCUCCCCCAUUAAAAAGCAGCUUGCACUUAAUUAUUUACCCUGCCACGCAUUUAUUGCCGACUCUUUAAAAACAAAGUGAAUCUCAGUUCAGGUAUAGGAGGAGGAGCAGGCCUCGGACAGAAAUCCUGCCUGAGUACCUUUGACAGGGGCUUUGCGGCCCAAGCCUGAAACCCACAUCAUCAUUCAGUGGGUAAACUAGUUAUACAACUCAACCAAUCACAGUCUAGUCUCCAUCUACACUUAACAGACUUUGCAUCUCAGUGAUAUCCAGGAAGAAGGAGAGAGAGUGAGGGCCUAAAGAGGGUGAUCUUGUGCUGGGCCUCACUUCCCCAACAGGGGACACAAUAUAAAACACUACACAUCACAGUAGUACAUUUAGACAGACAACAGGAGUUUUCGGAAUCUGAUAAGCAGUCACAUAACAGUGUGCAUUGACCAACAGCUUUUCUUUUGGACACAAAACAUGUAAACCAACUAAAUUUGAUUCAGUUGACUCUUCGCUAAGCUCCGCCCCUCCUUUGUUUCUGCUGCUCGCCAAGAAAAGCUUUGCAAGCGUCCCAUUGGAAUGAAUGGGAGAUUGACGAAUGUGUGCAUAAAUUGGAUAGUAUUCUUACGUGGGCUGAAAUGACAUCGCAAAGCAUUUACAUCUGCCUGAAUUAAUGUGUAAAUUAUUUUAACAUUGUUAUUAACACCUAUUUACCUAGGGGCAAAAUGUUCAUUUGGGAAUGUGGGCUGAGGCAGUUUAAUCCACAGCAUCCACAUCUCAAGAUUUAUUUAUUUAAAAACUAUCCAAACAUACAGGAAUUCCAUAGACAUACAUUUUAAUAGAGCAAAAGCUGCCAAUAAUAUGGCAGAUAACAACAGUUGCUAAGGUAGGAUUGGUCAGUAAUGUUUUUAUUAUUUCAAAGGUGGGGCUUAACAAAGGGUCAAUUGUGUCCCCAAAUUGUCUUCACAAAAAUGCUUUUCAGAAAAUCUCUGGGGCGUUUUCUCAAGUUGGCGUACUAAAACGUCACAUUAUGGCAGACAUUUUAUUUUUUUUGCCCUGUUUUCCCAGGUCAUAGAAUCCAUCUGGAUAUCAGUGGGAAAUAAAAAAAAAAAAAUUAAAAAAUGUUAAAUGUGAUUUUGAUCCAUUCUGAUUUGUAAUUAGAUGACUGUAAUAUACUUUGGAUUGCUAGGAUGCAAACAUGUUUGCUUUUUGUUCUGCUUGCAUCAGAUUCCAAAUCUCCUACUUGGGUAGACAGUGUUCAUAACUCUGCAUUAUGCUACAGUAGUAAUGACAGGUUUUCUUGUUUCUCUGAAUGCAUAACAGUUGUUUUCUUUAUUUCUUUGUUUUUAUGUGGAUGAGAAAAGACUUGAUGAUUGACCACUUAAAUGUGGCUUCAACCGGCAUGUGAAAAAGACCCAUUUGUGGCUGGAGGACUCUAAACAUGUUCAGCAUUUGGAACUCUUAUUAAAAAACAAUAAAACAGAGAAAAAAAACACAAAUUAUUAAGAAAGUGAAUAUCACUGUGUAAUAUUUAUUCAACUUGUAAUUUAUGUACUCUUUUAACCUUUGUCUCUCUUUUUUUUUGUUAUGACAAAGCAUUUAUUUAAAUAAAGUUAUGUAUUCAUUUAA